AUGUCCACUGGUGACCAUGUCGCCAUGACCAUGCUGGCCAUGGCGGAAACACUCCGUCAACUCAAACCGCCUAAAGUGAAGAUGGCUAUCAAGUGCACAAAAGGAGCUCUGACACUAACGCUCAGUCCCGAAAUGGCCGCACAUGUACGAUUUCAAUUGGGGAAGCUGUAUUUCUUUUAUACAGAAAAUCUGGAUUUAGCUCUACAAUGUCUUGAAAUUGCGUACGAUAUGAUGACGAGGAUGGGUGAUUACUUUAUACAGCCUCGACUUGAAGCACUUACCCUUAUUUGUGAAGCACUAAUUCACGGACCUCCCAGUGCGGCUUCCAGUACUCGCAUGCUGACUCUGAUAAGAUCAGAACUCGCAAACGCGAAAGCUUUCCCAACAAUCUACGCAAAAUUGUUCUUCUCUUAUAUAGAAGUUUGCACAAUCGAAGGGCGAGCUGAUGAUGCACUUGAAGCGUGCCAAGUAGCCAUUCAACAAUUCGUGGACGAUCCUAUCAUUAACCUUUAUUUCCGCCUAACUAAGAAUAUGGUCUCCGCUCGUGUGGCAGGUACUGUAUGCGACGAAUCGGAGACUAUGGUCAUUGGACAACUCAUCAAUAGACUGGACCAAACAUCACCGGCAACUGCGAACUUGAAGCUUUUCUAUAUCUGCACCCUUCUAGCUUUUAUGCUAUCAGAUGGAAAGACACGAUCCUCUCGUCAGCACUUGCGAACACUUCAGUCAGAAGUACAAACCCUAAGUAAAGAUGGUACCUGCGUCCAGAUGGGGAUACGGUGGAUGGAUACCGUACCAUUGACCGUAUUCGCUUGCUUGAUGACCAUCGUCAAUUCGGCUCUGCAAUGCAAUUAUGAACGGGCAGCGAAAUACUAUACCAUUGCAGUACGACAUAUACAGGAUUACAGUGCGAGGGCUUCAAGAAAUCCUUGCGAGUAUGGAAUUCUACGGAGCGUCCAGAGGAUGCGGAUGGCUUUGAACGAAAUGAUGGCGUUGUGCAACAUAAUGGCUUGCCAUCCCAGCAUGGCAAUGGAUAAUAUUCGCGACAUGGUGCAGUUCAGCCAACGGCAUGGUGGUGUCCUUUUCGAGGAAUUUGGACCUGCUAUCCAGUCCUUACUGGGUCACUACUGCUCAUAUCUUCGCGAACCAGGCGCUGCUGAAAAACACUUUAUCGCUGCCACCAAAUUCAAAUCAGCUAAAGAUAAGAAUAUAUGGGUGAUGACACACGUGAACCUUGCUAUCACGUACCUUGCUCAAUGCAAACAUGCCGAGUUCUAUGAAAUUGCUGAUCAGCUCACGCCAAACCGAAUAUCGAGCUGUUCGUUGAUCGUCCGCAAUAAUGCUCAAUUUUUGCAUGCCUUCCAUGCAUAUCUUCUGAACAAAAUAGCAGAAUGCAGGACACUGAUAGCAGAAUGCAUGGAAACUGCGAAGACCGAAGAUUUAUUUCGUCUGCACGGCCUCUCUGUGUUACUCUUUUCAAUAUUCGUACCGGUUAAUGCUGAGGUGAUUCUACCAACACUUGAUUGGAGCAAAAAAGGCCAUGAUCACUCAUUACAUUGUUGGAGCAAUAAUACAAUGGCCAGAGUACUGGCUUCUCAUGGCAUGGAUGGCAGUGCUUACGUGGAAGCAGCUAGAAAGGAAAUGGCUCUCCUUGACGAAGGUGUCAUUCGAGCUGAGCAUCAAACAAAUCCCAGUGCAGCUUUGGUUCAGUGGUUCGAGGGAGACCCUGCGGCAUUUUUACCAAAGGAUGAAUAA